AUGUCUAAGAACGCCGAAGAGGAGCUCGAGAAGCAAUAUCGCGAGUAUAAGAUUCAAUUCGAUGCGUGGAAAGAAAAGAAUAAAGGCUCACAGGGUACAGAUGCCUACAACGCCUACGUGAAACAAUUCGAGAAUUGGGAAAAAGAUGUGGAAAAACGGCGGAAAACCAUUCGCGAUAAGGCUGAACAUUCUGCCAAAGAAGCCGCUGAAGUUGAACGAGAAAGGGAACGACUAAAAAGAGAAAGUGAUGAACAAGAGAGAAAACUACGCGAAGAGCAAGCAAGAAAAAUGGAAGCUGACCGGAUAGCGGCUCAACAACGUUCAGCGGCUGAAGCAGCAGCAUAUGCGCAAUCACAACAGGCCUAUCUUGCCCACCAUCAAGCCGGUCUCGAACAGGAUCACAUCCUUAGAGCGGUUCACAUGCAAACGACCACAAUUCAAUAUACACAACCAGUUCACCACCCACACUCCUCCUCGCACAUGGCCGCUGUCGAUGAGGUGAACGCGCAAAAUGUCCUUCAACAAAUGGCCGAAGUCGUGAUGGGAAAUCAAGUACAAGAGAAACCAGCGGUAUAUCAACAACAACCCCCACAGCAAGCAGCAAACCCUCCUCAACUUUGGGGGAACACGAAACCCGUCUAUGAUUCGAGGGAUCCACUAUGGGCAAAAUGGGGAGUUCGAGCCUCGCCAGCUCAUCAACCACCGCCUCCAUCCACGUUACCUAUUGUACCUCCACCAUAUUGGAUGGUUCUUGAUUCUUUAAAGGAACGAAAGCUGAUAAUCGCUCCAACAGCUGCUGUUCCUGUGCCUUUCUUGAAA